AUGACAAUGAGCACGGGAGCAGUUACAACGGAACCUGUGGGAGGAGACAAGAUGAACGCACUAUGCCAGGAGCUCUUGCUACCCGGCUCAACAGAUGCAGGAAAUGAGAACAACCAUGGCAUCUCCAGUGAGAACUUAGUGGUGGGACAAAGCUUGCUUUUAACAGAGGCUUCUGUGGUAGGAACAGAAACUGCUGGUGUUGAAAUAUUUGUAGAAGCCGUGACUAGCAGCAUGUCCCUCAGCAAUCCUGGCAGCACUACAGGUAUGUUGUGCCCUGAUAGGUCUUCGUAACCAUGUAAGAAUGAACCACUUUGUCACUGUCAUCUUUUAGUGUGAGAGGUUUCUGUCAUGUAGCAUUUGUAUUCUAAAGGAGCAGCAGAAAGAAGCCUUAGGAUCUUAGGUAUGGUACAAAAGGCCAAGAGACCUGUGAAAGAGUAGCCUGGCUUUUCUGCACCUGAUGUUGUGUUCUGUAAUUGUAAGUUGCUUUGAGACAUUUUAAGUAGUCAGCAGCGAAUAAAUGCAAGAAAUAAUGAAGCUAAGGUUUGUACAUCUGUUAUCUGGGAGAAGGGAUACCUGCCACAUUCUGUUAUCUGCUCUAGGAGUGGAGGGAAUGGAGAUUGUGUUCUGAUUGGGGUUCCUGGGUCCUUGUUAUUAUCAAUUGUCCAGCAAGUCACCAAGAUAUGACUGUGGCUAGAUUUGCUUGAGGCACUGUGAGCAGCUGAGAUGAAAAAGGUGCAAGGUGUAUUUGCCUAAUAGGAGGAGGCAGGGAUUUAUUUUCAUCGUAUCUGAUAGAAUAUUGCUGAGCUUACUGUGGAUCUGUUUGCUGCACCUUCAUAAGGCUGCUUAAAGGAGCUACCCUUCAAUGUCAUGGUGAUAAGUAUUGGACUAAUGCCGUGGAAUAUAAGGACCAGAGGCCUUACUAUGUUCUUUGAGGUCUACAGUUUUGCCUGCAGUGCCUCUGCCAUACUCAAUACAAAUGACUGAACUAUCUUUAGGACUAAGAAGCUAAUGUCUUUAUUAGGGCAAAGGGGCUAAUACUGUGUGCCUCAACAUCAUCCUCUGCCCCUGUCUCUUUUAACAGCACAAGUGCUGAGGAGCAUGAGGGGUAUAGGAGAUGGGAGAGAGCAGUCAAGAGCAUAGGAUUUGCAGGGUACCAUAUUUACAGCAAAGUAGGGUGGGACAUGGGUGGGGCGGGUGGCGCUGUGGGUAAAACCUCAGUGCCUAGGACUUGCCGAUCGUAUGGUCGGCGGUUCGAAUCCCCGCGGCGGGGUGAGCUCCCGUCUUUCGGUCCCAGCUCCUGCCCACCUAGCAGUUUGAAAGCACCCCUAAGUGCAAGUAGAUAAAUAGGUACCGCUUUAUAGCGGGAAGGUAAACGGCGUUUCCGUGCGCUGCGCUGGUGCUGGCUCGCCAGAGCAGCUUCGUCACGCUGGCCACGUGACCCGGAGGUGUCUUCGGACAGCGCUGGCUCCUGGCCUCUUAAGUGAGAUGGGCGCACAACCCUAGAGUCGGACACGACUGGCCCGUACGGGCAGGGGUACCUUUACCUUUUUAGGGUAGGACAUUUAAUGAAGGAGAAGACACCACUUACAGGGAUGUUUAGAUGGUGGCAUGUGGGAAGGGGGCUUAGGUGUUGAGGAGUUGGAAGCUUACAAGGCAGUGAUUGGCAUAAUAAUAAUAAUAAUAAUAAUAAUAAUAAUAAAUUUAUUAUUUAUACCUUGCCCAUCUGGCUGAGUUUCCCCAGCCACUCUGGGUGGCUCCCAAUCAAGUGUUAAAAACAGUACAGCAUUAAAUAUUAAAAACUUCCCUAAACAGGGCUGCCUUCAGAUGUCUUUUAAAGAUCCUUCAGAUGUCUUUUACAGUGAUCUUGUAAAGGAAUUUAAGAGGCAAGAUUCAUAUAGGUGGUACACACUGAGACAGGAUAGUAAGAGACACAAUUGAAAAUUAAGUACUGGUCCUACCAUUGCCCUCCUUCCAAUCAAAACUGGUGAUCUUUUCCUCUGAAAAUGUUUGGGUGUGGUUCUAAACACCUGAAAAAUGGAGAGUCCCCCGCUCCAACCCAUUUGAAUUGAAUCCUGUGUUCUGAUAACAGUUCUUAUAGGUGACUCUCCACCUAUAUGCUGAUGGCUGUGACAGAGCUUUGGAGAAUCCUUGUCUGUAAGCUGACAUAAUUUUUAGUAAUUUUUGCCUUGGACGAGAUUUGAACUGAGGCAUGAGGUAGGUGUGUGUGGAUUUUUUUCUACCUUAUCCUCAGCUGUUUUUUAAAUAUCUCCUUACAGAGGUCUUGGUCAAAGUUGUGGAGCUCUAUUUCUGCGAACGGUGUGGGCAGAGCUUCUCUGACCCCGGCCUGCUUUCCCAGCAUCAGUGCAUUGAGCUUCCCAGAGGACAACUUGCAAGCAUCCCUCAGCUUCAAGAGCUACCACUGGGCCUUACAAGCCAGAGCCUGGCUGUCUCUGGAGAGCAGUCAGCAGACCAUGGAGCACAAGCGCAGGGCUUGCUGGAUAGAAGCAGGCAGGACCCUGAAUUCUGUACCGAUCCCCUCUUGUGCCCUGUUUGCCAGGUGGAGUUUGCCUUGCCCACUGAGCUGAAGGAGCAUUUCCGGGACCACCAAAAACCUACGGGUCCCCAGGUCUGCUUUGAGGAAGGCUGUCAUUUCAGUUCGGAGGAUCGCAAGCAACUCCGGGGGCACCUGCGGCACGUCCACCAGGUGUGCCCAGUCACCUGCACCUACCGUGGCUGCUCACUCUUGUUCCGAAGCCGAGAGGACAUGGACCUACAUCGUAGAAACCACUUCCCGUUUCACUGUAGGCGCUGUGACUUCAUCAGCGGCAACACCAAGCAGUUUGGGCAGCACCGACACAGCCAUCUGCAGGAGGCCACACAGCAGGAUGUGGAGGCAGCGCUGGAGACGGGAGCAGUCGCUGAGAGCACUGAGCACAGCUUCACGGCCAUAGUGGGGAAGCGGCUCGCCCAUCAUCUGCUUCUAACAUCAGGUACUUGGGGCUGAGGAAGAGACUAGGGUGGGCAGAAGGGGGAAUGCUUUGGAGUGAUGCAAACCACCUACUUCUUAAAAACCCCACUGGAUCCUAGGGGUCUCUUAACUCACUUUUGUGACAGCUUCCACUUCACUGCCUAUGGCAGACAAUGCCAUAGGCAGAGGUAAAGGGGUGAAGCUCCAUUAGUCAGCCGGCUUUGUGGAAUGAUAUUUUUUGUGGAUGUGGAAAAUUAUAGCAUGAGAAGAUGGUGGUAGAUUCUGAAUGGUGAACCAUAGCUGGGAAAGGGAUUUGAAAUGGUGGGAAAGUUGGGGAAAUGCGGUAGCCGAGAGCAGCUCUCCCUUUGAAAACACCCAAAGUUUAAUCCUCUUCUUUGUCAAACCAUGAAGGUCUUAUUUCCACUUUUUAUGUGUCUUACAUUUAACCCUAUUUUCUAGUUCCUGUUCUACUUCCCUUUUCCUGGUUCUCAAUAUGCAUUUAUUUGCAUGUCAUCAUUUGUUCAUCUCAAGCCUUUUCUCUAUAAACAAAUGGAGUUCCUGGUUUAUGUUUCAUUGUCUUUCCAAGGAAGGGAAGAACCACUGAGCAAGGCUGAGAAUUGCUUGGAAGUUCAGAGUGGUUGGGAUGUGACUGAAAUGGAGCCUGGCCUGGGGGCACAUGUUGGUAGCAGUCAUGUGCCUCCUGAGGACUCAGGACCCAAGGAAGACACAGGGGAUGAAUUUCAGGAGGAGGAGGAGGAGGUGGUGGUGGUGGUGGAGAAGGAGAGCUUUGAGAAGAAAGCAUCUUCUAAAAGAACAAAGGCUCAGCUGAUCAAAGGUAGAGACUUGCAUUCAUUUGCGAGCAGUACAGUUUCUGGCAUUUCUUAGAAAAGCUUUGCCAAACAGCAAAUGCACAGGCAUAUUACAGCAUGCCCUAUAUUUGAAAAGGGUCUGCCUGCCUGAACUGGUUGUUUUCUUUCCUGAGUUCAGAGACAAACUACUUCACACAUUAGUUCCCACUUCUGCUUGGAAAUCUAUUCGUGAUGCUUUCUUUUCUUUGGAGUGGGGUGGAGCAUUGAAUGCAAUGGCUAUUCUCCAGUGGGUGCUAACUGAUUCCCAAUUAUCCCUAAAUCUCCUAAGCUACUAGAAGCUCUUAAGCAUAGGGUGGGGUUUUUAGAUAAAUUUUAUAUUUGUAAAAAAAAACCCUCUACUGUUAUAGGCCGUAGCAAUAAUUUUUUAUUGUAGGGUAGAGAGAACAUGGGAAAAGAUUGCAGUUCGGAGCAACUGUUAUUGCUAGAGAUGAGAGGCAGGCAAAAUAGACUUCUGGAGCAUGACCAAAGGCCCUUUUAUUCAUUCCUCUGCACUUAAGGCAUGCUCCUCUCAUUACAGAAGGUGCGGUUGAGGACUCCAAAUACCUGUUCAAGACCCACAUGUGUCCGGAGUGCAAGCGUUGCUUCAAGAAGCGGACUCACCUGGUGGAACACCUUCACCUCCACUUCCCUGACCCCAGGCUGCAGUGCCCAAACUGCCAGAAGUUCUUCACCAGCAAGAGCAAGCUGAAGAUCCACAUGAUGCGUGAGAACGGGGAGAAAGCCCACCGCUGCCCGCUCUGCCACUACAGCUCUGUAGAGAAGAAUGCCCUCAACAGGCACAUGGCCAGCAUGCACGAGGACAUCUCCAACUUCUACUCGGACGUCUACUCCUGUCCUGUGUGCAAGGAGACAUUCAAGCUCAGCCAUGCCCUCAAGGAGCACCUGAAGACCCACAAGGCAGAGCCCAAGCAGCUGAGCUGCUUCCAGGCCGACUGCAGCUACUGCACCGAGGACCGUAAGGACUUCCUGCGGCACGUCAGGGAGGCGCACUACAUCAAAGCGGUGGAGUGCAAGUACUAUGCCUGCUCCCUGCUCUUCCCCACCGCGGAGGUCAUGGAAGCGCAUCGCAAGACGCACUACGCCUUCCACUGCCAGCAGUGCGACUUCAUCUGCUCCAACAAGCACGUCUUCCGCAAGCAUAAGAAGCAAGGCCACCCGGGGAGCGAGCAGCUCCAGUGCAGCUUCUGCCCCUUUGCCACAUUCAACUCUGUAGAAUUCCACGACCACGUGGGCAAGAUGCACGCCAGUGAGAAGAUCCACAAGUGCACCGAGUGCAACUUCGCCACAGCGCACAAGAGGGUCCUCAUCCGCCACAUGCUGCUCCACACAGGCAAGUUUGCUUCCCUGUAUGGGGACUCCUAGGGAAGCUCUGGAACGUGUCAGCUUGUUUGCUUGUCCCCUUUGUCUCCUGCUGUCUCAUAGUGCUCUGAACGGCAGGCCUGUAGUCCUAAUUUUCUCAGACUUAACUUGCCUCACAGGUUUUUUUCGGGAGAGGUGGGAGCUGAGGUGGGAACUACAGGUGCCACUUCGUGCUCCUUAGAGGAAAGGUGUGGAAUAAUGAAAUUCAUACGUUCUAAACUUGAAAGGAAACUCCUUCCAGACCUCUACUUUGAUCAUUGUGAUGAAGGGAGACUUAAAACUUAGAUAUAGAUUGAGCACCCACAGGUUAGACUUGUUCUUCUUGUACAAAAUCCUGGCCUUCUGGGGCCCCCUUCAUGCAGGUUCUGCCCCCCACACCUCUUGUUGAAAGACCUAGAUUCUGUACUGGAAAAGGAUUGAGAUUCUUUAGUAAAAUUUAGGCAGAUUUGCCAGAUUUCCAAACUUUAGUCUGACAGAAUUUCAGUUCUGGUUGUAGAGUUCAACAGUCUUCAGUAUAAAGUUAGAUUCCCUGACUAGACUUUUGUUGGGGUUUGCAAUUUUGGCAGCCCAUUCCCCAUUUUAGUUGCAAUUUCCCACCAGCCUUUCCUUUUCCCAACUAGCAGCCUUGGAUGCAGCUGGGUGAAGGUGCUUAGGGCACUGUUGCAUUUACUGGCCCACCCUAACCUCCCAACAAGCCCCUCCAGAUCAGGAAGGUCUGGCAAGCAAAGGGCAGGAACGUGGAGAAGGACUUUCCAGUUUGUGACCCUGCAUAGCGAAGGCACUUGCCAUGGUGAUGCAGCGGCCAAGCAGCCCUAGCCUUCCUCCCCACUUUGGAGUGAGAAAAGGGCAGGGAUUGCUGCUUCGCCAAUGGGAUCAUUGCCACUCACCUCUACACUUGCACUGUGGGAAGGCAUCCUUGUUGCUUGUUAAUGCUUACUUGAGGGCAGUGCCACACAUGGUUGAAACCUGGGCGGCAUCCAUAUGCAGGGACAGUAUAGCAAUAUGCUGUGGGAAGGAAGUGCUACUGUUUAUUUUGGGGUUCUUUUGUGGGGCAGUGCAAAGUAGGGCCUCAUUUUAAAUUGAAAAUCUGCUGCCCCCAAGGGGCACUGCGGGCAGGACUGUCAAUCCACAGCUUCCAGUUUGCUCUGUGACUUUAGGAGAGAAGCCUCACAAAUGCCAGCUGUGUGACUUCACUUGCCGAGACGUGAGCUACCUUUCCAAGCAUAUGCUGACCCACUCUGACGACAAGAACUACAUGUGCACCGAGUGUGGCUAUGUGACAAAGUGGAAGCACUACCUGAACGUUCACAUGCGGAAGCACACGGGAGAUCUGAGGUACUGAGAGACCCCCUUCCCCUUCCCCUGGCUUGUUUCCUGUAUCAGGAAGUAAUCCGUAUGCAGAGCAGAGGCCUUUCUCCUUUCACGGCCUUGACCCACUCUUGUUUGUGUGCAACCAGGUAUCAGUGUAACCAGUGUUCCUACCGCUGCCACCGGGCCGACCAGCUGAGCAGCCACAAGCUGCGCCACCAGGGCAAGUCCUUGAUCUGCGAGGUGUGUGGCUUUGCUUGCAAGCGCAAGUAUGAGCUCCAGAAGCACAUGCAGGCGAAGCACUCUCAGAACUACCAGUCCCCCGUCUUCCAGUGUCAGUACUGCAGCUACCAGACCAAAUACAAGCAAGCCCUGCUCAACCACGAGAACUGCAAGCACACCAAGCAGAGGGAGUUCCGUUGCGCCCUGUGCCCUUACCGCACCUUCAGCAAUACCAGCCUUUUCUUCCACAAGCGCAAGGUCCACGGCUAUGUGCCCGGUGACAAGGGCUGGCAGGAGAACUAUGCCAGCAAGGAGCUGGAGGUCACCUCGACGGAGGUGCUGCUCAGUUACAACCUGGCCAUGACCCUCCAUGCUGAGCCCAGCCCCUCCCUCCCCAGGAGGCAUGACAAAACCAAGGCCCUUGUUUCAGAGGUCCAGGAGGAGGAUGGCCCCCAGGAGACUUUCAUCAUGUCUCUCUUUGGGAGUGAAGGCAAUGCUGAGACCGGGAGAGAGGAAGUGGUGGGAGAGCAAGACCAUAGUAAGACAGAUGCAGCCCCUUCAGAGGAACUCUCAACCAAAGCCUUUCCUAAGGGCUCAGGGGAAUCAGGCAGUAUUGGGAAGCCCCUUCCGACUUGCACACUGCAUCUGGAGACCCUAUGCAGCUCUGACCCAGAGCAGCUGGUUGAGGAGAUGCCUGCAACAAUGCCAGACAGUGGGGAGGCCCUGAAUUGUAAGGAGGCGGAAUCAGCCUAUGAAGCAUUAAGUUCCAAGGACUCCCUCCUCCUGGAGGACAGCGAAUCUGCUCUCGACGACAUCCCUGACUUUGAGGAGGAGGCAGAGGUCCAUGAGGAUAGAGAGAUGGAGCUGGAGAAAGGUGCUGGGUCAAGGACUGUUGAAGAGAACAAAGAAGAUGCUCAGCAGGAUCUGGGGGACAGUAAGGGUGAUGGGCGGGACUCUGAACUUCAGCAGGCACCACCCAGCCCUGAGCAGGGAUUGGGGUGCAAAGAACCCAGUAUACAGGAAGCUUGGGCAAAGGGGUCAAAGCAAGAUUCUCUUCAACCUGUUACAGGCCAUGAGACUCUCCUUGCCCCGGAAGAUAUGCUUCCUCCCUCUGAAGAAGGCUCCGAUUCAGAAUCUGUGCUGAAAGCUCUAAGGAGGCAGGACAAGGAGCAAGCAGAAACCCUGGUCCUGGAAGGCAGGGUGCAGAUGUUGGUGGUUCAGUCCGAGAGCCGCGUCUUCAAGUGUGAGAAAUGCUCUUACAUCACCAGGAAGGAGAAGUCAAUGCUGGUGCAUUGCAAAGCUGGCUGUCAGGGCAGGAAAUUCCCCUUGGUGUGCCAGGAGUGUGGGGCCAUUUUCAAGCAGCAGAGAGGCCUGAAUACCCACCUCCUUAAGAAAUGUCCGGCGCUCGUGAAGAAGACUGGCGGGAAAGCAGCCUGCUUAGACCAGCCUGCUGCGGUACAGCCCAAUGGCAAGAGCCUGGAAAUAGCGGAGGCUAAGAAGAAUGGGACAGGAGCCCCGGACGAGGAGGUGAGCAAGCUUCAAAAGGCUUCCUGGGAUGCAGAACCGAGGCCUGUGAAUGCUGAGUCUACAGCCGCUGUCCUUCCCAACACACAGUCCUUGGCCAUCAGUUUGCAAGAGAAGCCAUCUCAGGAUGUCCCUGAAACCAUGGUAGAAGAACAGUUGCCAGGAGCUACCGCUGACACAGCUAGCAAUCCCUUGGAGAAAUACUAUGUGGAGCAGAGCAAGUUCCACUGCAAAGCCUGCUCUUUUGCCUGUUCGCGGGUGUCCACCAUCCGCUCCCAUGUAGAGGAUGGCUGCCGUGGCUUAGAGCAGUUCUGCUGCCCGUUGUGCUCUAAGCCGUUCCGUUCCAAGAGGGCCGUUAAGAUCCACCAGUUGGAGGGGCACAUUGAAGCUCAUCCCACCCGGCUGCUGGAAAGGACCAAGCGCACGGCGGACUCAGAGGGCGGAGAUCAGCAAGCAAAUGGACAAAUCAUCUGUAAGGAUAUGGGUCGGGCCAAUGAGCCAGCAGGAGCAAGCUGUCCCCGCCCUGUGGCCACACACAAGAAGCGGCACUUCUCCUGCCCCUCCUGCCCCUUCACAUGCCACCAGGAGCGUGCCCUGAAGACCCACAAGAAGCGGGGCUGCCUGAAGCUGGGCGAGUUCCGCUGCACGCUGUGCCCCUUCACCUCCAAGGCCGCGGCAGCGCUCCGACUGCACCGCAAGCUCCACCGCAAGUACUACAGCAGCCGGCCGCAGCUGGCCUGCCGCCAGUGCGACUUCACCUGCAAGCAGGUGCGCUGCCUGCGCCAGCACGUGCGCAUCAAGCACGAGGGCGAGAAGCCCCACAAGUGCCCUUACUGCGAGUUCAGCACCACCCGGCGCUACCGGCUGGAUGCCCACCAGUCCUUGCACACGGGCGUGGGCCGCAUCGCCUGCCCCACCUGCGGCCAGACUUUUGGCACCAACUCCAAGCUGCGCAUCCACCGCCUGCGGGUCCACGAGAAGAAGCCCACCCACUUCUGCCCGCUCUGCGACUACAGCGGCUACAUCCAGAACGACAUCACCCGCCACGUCAACAGCUGCCACCAGGGGGAGCUGAACUUUGCCUGCGCCCACUGCCAAGCCCGCUUCAGCUCGGAGACGGCCCUCAAGCAGCAUGCCCUGCGCCAGCACGAGGAGAAGGUCUCCUACGCCUGCCCUCGCUGCGCCUUCGUCUGCCACAGCGAGGCCACCCUCAAGUGCCAUGUCCAGAAGCAGCACCCGCACCUGGAGUGCGCCACCUGCAAGGCCACGCUGGCCACCCGCGAGGAGCUGGAGGAGCACAAGAAGCUGCACUUCAGCCACCACUGCGACAUCUGCAGCUACGCGGCCAAGGAGCGGCAGCAGCUGGUGAGCCACUACUUGGAGGCCCAUGAGCCCCCCGCGGCCAGCGAGAGGCCGCUCAGGUGCUCCUUCUGCGACUUCGGCUGCUGCCACCAGCUGGUCCUGGACCACCACGUGAAGGGCCACGGUGGCACCCGCAUCUACAAGUGCUCCGACUGCGAGUACGCCACCAAGAACAAGCAGAAGAUCACGUGGCACAUCCGCAUCCACACUGGGGAGAAGCCUUACAAGUGCCACCUGUGCCAGUACGCCUGCGCUGAUCCUUCACGCCUCAAGGUGAGAGCCAUCCAUGCUCGGGAUGAUGGUUAAUAAUGAUUGCCUUGCCUGAUUUGUCCACUCCCUGCCCAAUAUGUACCUAUCUGUUUUCCCUUUCGGAGGGACUUAACUUUAGCUUCAUUUGUUCUGGUUUUAACUUCCUGUUAUAAGAUUUAAUUGCCACCAGUGGAGGCAAAACCUAUCCAGUAAUUGUCUAAUACGAUGACCUUUCAGUGACAGACCAUAUGAAACAUCAGUUGCUAUCUGGGGUUUUUUUUUCAGCCCAGCUAGACUGGCUGCUUCCAGUCUGUGAUUCUGAUCUCUUCCUCCUCUCUUGAAAUCUUACAACUCUGUCUUAUGCUUCAGCCAGUCUUGCCCCUCUCCUGCAUGCAUUUUGAAAGGCGGAAAUGAAAAACAAAAACAAAAAACAAAACUAAGGAGUGCCUCAGAUGCGGUGUGUUAAGUCUGGCCUUUGUUACUGUGACUUUUCAGUGCCUUACUCUCCGUAGUAUUCCCUCUCUGUCCUCAUGCAAGAGGACUAUCAUCCAAGUUGCCUGCUAGGACCACUGGUCCACUGGGUGAAUUAUUUAUUUCAGUUUAUCUCCUGCCCUUCCUCCCAAAGGAGCCCAGGGUACCUGUUGAUACAUUUGCUUCACUGUUUAGUCUUCCUUGUUUCCUGGGUUCAUAAUAAUGUUCCAAUCAAGUAACUGGAUUAAACCACUUGUGAGGUUGGUGUCCCACAUGUGUGACCCCCCCCCCCCGGUUUGUCUCCCUCUCUCUGCCCAGUAUCACAUGCGCAUACACAAGGAGGAGAGGAAGUACCUUUGCCCGGAAUGCGGCUACAAGUGCAAGUGGGUGAAUCAACUGAAGUACCACAUGACAAAGCAUACAGGCAAGUGCUUCACUGGAAUAUGGAGGUCUGGGAACUUAGGAGCUAGAAAGGGCAGCCUCUGUUCCUCUUGGGGGGAUAAAGCCUUGCAGGGCCAUGUGUUUUGUUCACAUGAUGUGAAGAGCAGAACCUCUUGUAGCCUUCCAAAAGCUGUAUGCAGAGGCAAACAGUUGGCAUGGUCCAGAUUUGAUAGCUAUUUCUUUCAUCACAAUUGGACUUAUAAGAGUAGGCACGGUGAUCUGUAGAUUCUUGAAGAAAUGUGGCAGCAGUCUGUUCUGUGAAGAACUAGACAGAAUAUUGUCCCUUGUGAGAUGGUGCUGGUCCACCAGUGCAUCUGUUUUGGGUGGGGAUAUCAGAGUAAAGAACUGACUGUAGCUUUUGGAAGUGUUUGUACGCAUCAAUUUUUGAAAUACGUAUCUCACCGCAGGCAUUCCUUACAUGCUAACAAGUUUAGCCCAUACCAGUUUCAUGCCUGUGCCUGGGAGCAAUUGUUGGACCCUUGCAGGCUGAAUGGCACUCUUGCUUUCAUUGUUCCAUCUCCAAUCCUUCUGGUUAAUAAUGCACUGAAUGCCACACUGAUGAAACUUGGGCCGUGCUUAGAGUAUACCCAUUGAAAUCAACAGGCUUAAGUUAGCCAUGUCCAUUGAUUUAAUAGGUCUGCUCUGAGUCUGAUACAACCGCUUAUUUCCAUUUGAGAGCAUUUCUGCCUAGUAGCAUUUGGGUUGCUGAAGGAGUUUUCAUUAGAAUUUGGGGUAUUUUUGUAGCCAUAGUUCAAGGCCAACAUAUGAGGCUGCAGUACUGGGUGGAGAUUUGGGGACACUCCUUUCACCAGGGCAUGCACCUUCCUGCAGAACAUGGACGAGCGGCACUGUUGAGGUGGAAGACACAUGGGCUGUGGCUUGGUUUUGAUGGUCUGGCAUCUCCCACCUGCUUCCAGUGUGUUGCUCUGUGCUUUCUACACAGGGAUCAAGCCAUAUCAGUGUGACGAGUGCGAGUACUGCACCAACCGUGCCGAUGCCCUGCGCAUCCACAAGGAGACGCGCCACCGCGAGGCCCGCUCUUUCAUCUGCGAGCAGUGCGGGAAGGCCUUUAAGACUCGCUUCCUCCUCAAGACGCACCUGAAGAAGCACAGCGAGGAAAAGCCGUACGUCUGCAACGUCUGCUACCGGGGUUUCCGGUGGGCAGCCGGCUUGCGGCAUCACUAUCUGACGCACACCAACGAGCACCCUUUCUUCUGCCGCUACUGCAGCUACAAAGCCAAGCAGAAGUUCCAAGUGAUCAAGCAUCUGCAGAGGCACCACCCUGAGCAGGGCGGGACGGAGGGGGAUCUCAGCAAAGGGGUGGGCAAGGACCCUAGUACGCUUCCUGUCCACCUGCAUGAUGCUCAGCUGGAGAUUCCCCCCUCCAAGCACCCAGAGGUGAUCGAGGCCCAGGUGUCACCACAUGGCUAA